UUCUCUGUCUAAUCUUUCUAUGAAUUUUCAAUUUCAUGUUCACUUUACUAUAAUUGUUAAACAACUUCUCAUGAUCUCUUUCUUCUUAUUUUGUUCAUUCUGGAUGAAUUUGUGAGAAAACUACUCAUAAUUGAUUUUAUUUUCUUUAGUUUUCUGGCACAAUUCGAUUGAUUAAGCUACAACAACAUGGAUUUCAGAGACAAGUUCAAACAACUGAACUUAGGAAUUGGAACGAGUUUAAGCAGACGACCCAUAUUCAAGUACUUGGAUAAAGAAACUGGUAAAACAAUUGCUUUGAAGAGAAUCAUCCUCAGGCACGAACUACUUCAAGCUCUCCCUCUCACUGGAUCAUCAAAUUCACGUCAAGAACAACCCAUUGAUGUUGGGAUUCCUGCUAACACAAUUCGACAAAUCUCCCUUUACAGGAUUCUCGACCAUCCAAAUGUUGCUCGUUUGGAGUAUCUAGGAAAUGACCCUGGAGAUCAUUUUGUUAAUCUUGACAAUGUUGGCGUUGAUCUCAGCAAAUUUCAAAAGGAUCAUCCUAUAAGAGCUCGUCACCCAAAGUUGAUAAAGGUUCCUUUUUUAUGUUCUUUCUGUGUUUGUUUUAAUGUUUUUAUAGAUUGAAAAAGUGUAAGAGAGCCCAAUAAUAUGAACUGGGUAACUUUUUUGUAGAGCGUAAUGUACCAACUUCUUAGUGGUAUUGCUUCUUACCA